GCUUCCGUGCGGCAACGCGAGGCGGCGUCGGGAUAAAACCUUAACGAAGCGGGCGGAAAAGUUUGGAGAAGAGCAGGGGACCCGCGGAAGGUAAGGGGGUGCGAGAGGAGCGAGACCAGAAGGCGCAGCAGUCCCCCACCCAGACAGCAGGAGCGAGCAUGACUGACGCCGAGGCGCAGAGCGCGCCACCGCCGGACGCGGUGGAAGACAAACCCCAGCCGGAGAGGAAAGUCAUAGCCACGGCGGUUCAAGGCACAGUGAAAUGGUUUAACGUCCGCAACGGCUAUGGCUUCAUUAACAGGAAUGACACUAAAGAAGACGUCUUUGUUCAUCAGCGUUGUCUUUCCCAGACCGCCAUCAAGAAGAACAACCCUAGAAAGUUUCUCCGCAGCGUCGGAGACGGGGAAGUUGUGGAGUUUGACGUGAUCGAAGCGGCCAAGGGCUCGGAGGCGGCAAACGUUACGGGUCCGGGCGGCGUUCCGGUGAAGGGAAGCCGCUACGCCCCCAACAAACGGCGUUUCCGUCGGCGGUUCUUCCCCCGCAGCCCCCGUCCCAUAGACCCGAGCAAACCGGCCGACGACCAAGCUCCUGCACCUGAGGGAGAGCAAACGGAGGAGACGGGGGCGCCGAGGCCUCCACCUCGGAGACGCAGGCCACGCAGACCACGACAGGAUGCCCAAAACGGGGAGGUUGGAGAGGAGAAAGAUGGCGCGCCUGAAGGUGACCAGGCACAGCAGCAGAGACCACAAAGGCAAAGGGUCUGGAGACCCUAUCGCAGGCCCUUCCGCCCUCGCCCACCUCCGGAUCCGUCCAUGACUGACCAGAAACCUCCUGCCCCAGAAGAAGGCAAGGAGGAGCAGACGGAGGUAAAACCAUCAGAGUCCCCUGAGAGUGCCCAGACAAACGGUGAGGCGGCGGCAGAAGGCCAAGGCCAGAAACAACGCCGGACACCCAGACGGCGCAGGCAAAGGCUCUCUGAGUCAUCAACAUCAAAAAAUGAAACGGAGAAGUCUGCCUCAGAGCCCGGGACCCCUCCUCAGGACGCAAAACCAACAGAGGAAACGCCUGCACCCAAAUCACCAAAGUCUUCUCCGACGACCCCUCCUCAGAUGCCAAAGUCUCCAGAGGAGGAAGUUGCCCCAGCAGUCCAAGCACCGACAGACCAAGAGCCAGCAGAGUGAUUGCUCUCAGGCUUGUACAGACCCUCACCCAUCCAGGGGGGAAGGUGGGACCUGAUGCCAAAAAAAGGAUGAGAAACUCUGGAUUUGGACAGUUUGAGAUUAUACCGUUUGUUCAUUUUUAGGACAAGCAGGUGGCUGUGGACUGGUUUAAAGUGGAAUGCCGGCAUUAAAGGGAUACGAGGAAUUUUUAUGGAGUCUUAAAAGGACAUUUUUUAAGUUUGGACUUUAGUUAAAACACAGCAUUUCUUUUUUUUUUUUUUUCUUAAAAUGAAAACCAGGAUUAAAGAACAGCCUAAUCCUUGUUUCAGGAUUAGAGGCAUAUGACGUUUGGUUCUUCACCGUUUAAAUCCCUGUGCCUCCUUUGCGUUUUUCUUGUAGGUCCUGGGGGUUCGAGAGCUGGACCUUUUCACCACAUGUGCACUGCUCUCCCCUCCCUUCACGCCCACGGUUGCUUUCCUUGCCAUAACGCCUUCUCUCUCAACUUUGUUUAUACAUCACUUGUUGGCGAGGAGUCGACUGGUUAGGAAAUACGCUGGGUGUGUGCAAUUAAAAGUUAGAAAUCUUUAAAAAAACGAAAAAAAAAAAGAAUGGGGAAAGGACAAUCUGCUUGGUGGCUCAGUUAUUCCAACCCCUCUUAGAAGAGCUUUUUCUUUAAUUGACCAGAUGAGGGUAGAUCGGGUAUUAAGAGGAACCAGCCUUGUUUUUUAUUUUAUUUGGCUUUUUAUUAUGAUUUGAGGCGUAACCCAAGCAGGUGUACAGCCUGGAGUUUAGUUGUGGAACCACCUUACUCGGUUGAAGCUUUACGCUCCUUUCAGCAGCUCCUCAGCUUUUGAUGGAUUGAUAAACUUUAUUUCUUCAGUUUUAUUUGUUUUUUUUUUUUGGAGGGGAUUAUGUGCAAUGUCAAUACUUAGAAUGCUAACAAAUAAAAUCAGUUUUGCAAAUCU